UAAAAGAGGCAGUCAUCAAAGGUGAAAAUGGGGCACUAAUACAAAUAGAAAAAGGAAAUUCAUGGGCACUUCUCAAAGUAAAAAGGGGGCCUAUCAAUUUUUUUUUAUUAUCAGAGGCAUUAUGUCUGAGGUAAAAGGGACACUUCUGAGAAGGGGGAAGGGACACUUUUUAGGAAAAAGGGGCACCUUUGGGAUACUUGACGGGAGCACUGUGCCACAAGCCCUUGAGAAAGAUAGAGAGAGAGAGAGAGAGAGGGAAAAGGGGAAAAGAAGGCAACUUGAAAUAUAGUUUAAUAGCCCCACUCAAUAGUUUCUUGCACAUCUUUUAACAUCAAUGAUGACUUUUCUCUCAUCAUUACACUCGUCUCCUUGAGUUUCAUUAGAUAAACAUGUUAGCGCUUGAUAGUGAACUGUUCUAAAGUUAACAAUAACAACAGUCUCUUUUUUUAUGUUACCAGUUUCCACCAGGCCACUUUAUAUAAGAUCUGUUCAGAUGGCUGGACCCAAGCUACUCAACGGAUCAAAUGCAGCAGACGCUCCCAGUGUCGGAACAAAGCUAACUGCUUCUCUUAUCAACGGCUCUACAGCCAUCUUGCCCUGUCAUUACACACAAAGCGUAUACGGGAUCUACUGGACUAAACAAAAUGGCCACAGCGAACCUGGAGGAGAUACUCUCGUGCAUCUGGACACAUACUUUCACGUCGGCAGUAGGUGUGGCCGUGGGGUUGAGGAGGGACGCUUUAACAUCAGUGAUGACUUGUCUCUCAUCAUCAAUCCCGUCAAGAUGCACGAUGGUGGUCGGUAUUCCUGUAAAGUUUCUGAUAUCACUUCGGGCAUGACUUACUCAAAUGACACUGAUGUGACGGUAUAUGUUUAUGCCAAAAAGAAAUACGUCACCAUAAAGCCAUGCGAACACUUAACCAAUCUGAACCAAUCUGAAGAUUUGCGGGAAACACCAUGUGCAUACGAUGUCCCCGACAACCAAACCAGAUUUCAACUCAACUGUUCAGUGUCUGGAGCAAUGCCGAAGGUUUCACUCACCUGGAUGACGAAUGGAACCAAUGUCGGGAUGCACUACGAUCUGACGUCGAUGUCCGAGGAUCGUGGAGAUGGGACGUUUGAUCAGACGUUGGUGAUAACUGGAUCCGUCAAUGAGACAAGAAUUGGCACAGUCCUUACUUGUAUGGCUAAAGGAUUGUCUGUGGGCGGACUUGCAAACAGUUCUGUCAUAUUUGUUAAGACUGAACCCCAGAAUAUCCAACCAGAUACUCAAGAUACGACGCAAAAGCCACAUGUAGCAGCUAUAGUCGUACCCAUAAUCGUGUGCCUAGUGCUGCUAGCAGCUGCCGUUGGAAUCGUCUGGAACAGAAGGAGUAAACAAGCUUUCCUUCCCUUCACCAGUCCCACCAAAGUUUCUGACGAUGCAGUGUGGACCUCUCCUCAGGAAACGUUCUGGAUAGGACAAACGGAUGCAUCGCUGAAUUGCUCGUUUCAAGGGACUCCGAUCGCUGUUUACUGGUUGAAAGGUGAAACGUUACAAACGGCAAUGCCCCUUAUCACAUGGUACAAAGGAAAGUCAACCAAGCAGCAGGGUGAAGGUCUUGAGUUUGGUCCAAACUUCUCUUUGUUGUUCAAUCACCCAAACACAUCGGAUACAGGACGCUACUCCUGUCGGGUGUCCAAUCAGCAAGGUAUACUCAACUCGAACCACACAGAUCUCAGAGUUUUAGAUCCAAAACAGAACAUUAUGUAUACCAUUCCAGAAAUAAUAGGCUGGAAAGGAAAGAGCGUCAUUUUGCCUUGUGACUUUCAGGGUACACCUUCUCUUGUUUCAUGGACUAGAGAACGUAGCGAUGAAUGGAAUACAAGCGUCCAAACUGUUGCAGAAUUCAAGGAUGAUGUCUCAUGUAAGACUGAAUGGAUCCAAUACGCAUGCAGUCGAGGAUACGGCCUGAUUAUUACAAAUCUCAAACUCUCAGAGGAAGCGAAUUUCACCUGCACGGUUGUAAAGACAGAUGGAGCUUUCCUCAAAAAUACUACGUCUCUCUCCGUUUAUGCUAAGGCAGAUCAUCCUUACCCUCACGUGGACCAGUGCGAAGGCGAAGAAGAAGAUUCCUCCAACCGAGACUCAACUUGCAUCAUCCGAGUCACCCACACCAAGACAUCCUAGAACUGGACUGCAUCGUAGAGGGUGCCCGUCCACCAGUCUUACUCACCUGGGGUUACGCGGAUGCCCCCUGGAGUUUAAUGGACACCACAUCCUCUGAAGAGACGGAACUAGAAGAUGGAACAUAUCUACAGAUCAUAACUUUGAGACUUGACAUUAGAGACCUGGAAUCGGAACCGUUGAUCUGCAUGGCCCACGGUCUCGUCGUUUCAGGAGCAGCAAAUCAUACUGUGGUAAUUAAAAUACAACAUGAAAAAGGUCCUUCAACAGUGGGAAUCGUCGUAGGUGUAAUUUGUGCACUGGCACUCACUGCUUCCAUUGUUGCUUUUAUUG